AUGUUCCCACCUGUUCUGUUUCCUGACGGUGUAAUGGACAUGAAAAAUGUCUUUGGAAGUACCGCAAUUGCCAAGAUUCUCAAAGUCGCAUUUCAUGGACCAAAGUCACUUGAGGGUGGCCGCGCUGGUGGUAAAAGUAAUGCAAAAACAUGGGAUGUCACCAUGAAUACUCCAGGAUCUCUAGCAUGGGGAGCAGUUGUGGCUGUUUUCUUAGUUUCUCCUGACGAAGAAUUUCCACAUGAUGGCAAAGGUGCCAAAUCAGGUUUAAAGUACUUUGACCUGUUCCGCAACUACAAGAAAAUCCUCAUUAUGAAAGCUGACAAGAAACAAGUCAAAGAGAUAUACAAAAUCUUUGACCGGUACAUUUUUUCUUCACGCAAGACUAUUCAGGCAGUUAUAGCAGGGCAAGAAGAUCACUAUAACGAAGAAGUUGAACAAGCAAUGGCCAAAAUGGAUAUUUUUUCUGACGAAGAUGAUAUUGAAGUAGUAGUGGCAACCGCUGCACCAUCUGCCGUGCAGAUUAAUGUUUUAUCUACUGAUAACAUUUUCUCUCGCAAGCUCGUUGGCACUGAUGGAGUUGAUAUUUUAGAGGAGGAGGCCAGAGAUAAUAUUACCAAUGCACCGGUGAUGAAAACCAAGAAGGGUCAAAGUGGUAAAGGGAAGUCUGCAGAAGUAGCUACAGGUAGUACUGAAAUUGGCACCACUACUACAAAGCGCACUCGUCGUACCAAGUAG